CCCGGCUCUGGGCAAAAGGAUUUACCCACCACUUAUCUUACAUAGCUAAUAUUCCGAGCUAUAUCCACUGAUUGAUAUAAAUCCGCCAUAAUGAACUCCUCCCGUGAAGGGCCCAAUCCUCUACGCCCGUACUAUGUCCCUCCGUCGUUUGGCCUUGAAGCUUCCAACGCCUCAUCGUCUUCACAUACCGCGGCUCCGUCUUCCGCACAGGUCUUCGGAAGCUCCGCUCGCGACCUGCUACCGGAUCUGGACUAUUCAGAGUACCUGGAGAGCUCUCCCUCACUAUCAGAAUGGAUUCGAGAAGCAAUGGAUGCGGCGAUUUGGCGCUACACCAGCGUGCUGACUGCCCAGCCAUUUGACGUUGCCAAAACCAUCCUACAGGCGUAUGUGGUGCCCGACUCGCAAGGUGGACAACGGCCUGCGGAUGAACGCAGGAGGUCAGGUCGGAUGGACUCCUUCGAUGAGAGUGAUGAAGGCUCCCAAACUUCAGAUGACGAGAGCAGUUACUUUACCUCUGCAGCUCCCAUGGCCACAUCGCCAACAGCCGCACGGAGCCGAAAGUCUCGACGCCAUAUCACAGACCGCAGCGGCUAUAUACCAGCUCCGCCGUCCUCGACCAAGUAUAGCCUUACAAUCAAGAACCCCUCGUCGUUGAUGGAGGUCCUCUCACAACUGUGGACCACCAGUGGCCCAACCUCGCCAUGGAAGGCGACCAACGCGACCUUUAUCUACUCUCUACUCCUUCCGACGUUGAACACCUUUAUACGCAGUCUCUUGUCUGCCAUUGUGGGAUUACCAGAAGAGGAUAUUGCGUCAUCCAUGACAGCCGAUAUUCUGACGUCGACAUCACCUUUUGCAACAUUGGUGCUCUCCUUUAUUUCUUCGUCGCUGUCCGCCAUGCUGUUGUCCCCCAUUGACACCGCUCGCACCUUCCUCAUCCUCACCCCAGCGACUCAUGGGCCGCGUUCGCUCCUCCGAGCGAUUCGACAGCUCCCCACCUCCAACUGCAUGAUCCCUUCCCACCUGAUCCCUAUCACCAUCCUGCACUCGAGUCUACCCAAUUUUAUCACAACUACUACGCCGCUGUUUUUCAAGACCUACCUAUCGAUCGACCCAGUUCUGAAUCCCUCCAUGUGGAACCUUCUUGCUUUCCUGGGAUCCGGCCUAGAGCUUGCUGUCCGAUUUCCAUUGGAGACUGUCCUGCGUCGUGCACAGAUUGCCACGUACACAUCGUCCAGUAUCCGGCAGAAGUAUGCCGCCACCUCUCGUUCGAACACGUCCGCUGCCACUGAGGAGGCAUCUACGGUCGAGACCAUCGUCCCCGUUCCUCAGACCUACCGUGGCAUUGUAGGAACGAUGUGGGGCAUAGUCUAUGAAGAGGGUGUCAGCGCGCCCUCUUCCGAUGCUGAGCGGGUUCUCGGGAAGCCCAUCUCUUCCAGGAAACGCCAGGGACAGGGCAUCGGCGGCCUCUAUCGGGGCUGGAGAAUCGGUAUGUGGGGUAUCGCCGGUAUUUGGGGCGCCGGCCUGUUAGGCUCCAUCGGAGGCGGAGGGGAUGAGGAAGUGAUAGUUAGUGGUGGCCGCUUCUGAUCACCCUUGGGUCUUGAAGCUUGAGAAAAUAUGCACCCUGUUCAAUUCCUUCACUAACUCCCGCUCCUUUACCCUUUACCCUUUACCCUACUUAUCGAAACCGUUCUCUACUCCACAUUUGGAGGGCUUCCUCUACACUCACUCCUCUCUUUUGCGAUCUUUUCUCGCCAUGUACUAGUUAUUCUGCGUUCGGAGCCAGGGCAGGAGUGGAUGGCGUUGCGCCCGUUAGCGAUUCCGGUUGAUUCAUGUACGUAUGUAUGUUGUAUGUAGAUAAUACCCAUUUUCCAAGGAGGCGAAGUCUGGAAGCUC